ACUAGUGUCUACUUGUAUGCAACUAUGGUUGAUGAUCCCAUAUUUUCCCAAACUAAAGUUAGUCGUAUCAGACAUAAAAGGGCAAACAGGUAAUUUCGAAAGGUAUUGUCAAUCAACGCGAGAGAGAUAAUAGAACCACCCAAACCAUUAUAUUUAAUUUUAAUUUUACCUGUCUGCGUCAACAAUCUCUCACUGUCUUUUUCAACCUAUUUCUAUUUCCACAAAAGCCCUAAAGGCCAAAACACUUCUUCUCUCCUCUCUCACCAUCACAUUCUCUCUUUGCUUCGGACACUGCCAUAGGUCAAACCACCUCAUCUACCUGCAUACCCUUUCUUCCUUCCUUCUCAAAAAAUUCCUAAAAAUGGUUUCAGAAAAACAGGGUUAGCAAAAAGCACCUAGCAUCACCACGCUUUCAAGUAUUCUAGGAGUUAUCAAAAAAUAUAAGGGGUUGAAGUUAGCCUAGCUACUAGGAAAAAUAGGUUUCUCCUUCUUCUCUCUCUAAACUGUUCUUUUACCCUCCUUCCUGUGAAGUUAUCUCCAUUCUCCAUCAAUUCAUCCUUCUCUCUCUCUCUCUCUCUCUCUCUCUCUUUCUCCCUCUUUCUCACUUCUCAGCACACCGAAAUCUGAUCAUCAUCAAAGCCAUUUUUCUUUUCUCAUGCCUUAUAUUCUUGAGAGAUCUUCUUCCUUCCCCUCCUUACACCCCUCAAUCUCCACAACUGUUCAACAUCCUCCUUAUCGAUCCAACACGCAAACUCACUGAACAACAAACAUCAACAAACCCUUCCCAAACAGUAAAAAAGAACAUCGCAGAUCCAAAUAUCCGAUAACACCUUCCCUUACAGAUCAUGAAUUCCUUUCAAGAAUUUGACUCUUCGUCAAACUCUGAAACCAAAGCCAUCGACCUCUCAGCAGGUAACACCUCCAAUUUCACAUCACCACCACCACCUUCAUCUUCCUCAUCACCACCUUCGUCCUCCCCCACUACUCUGAGCCGCUACGAGAACCAAAAGCGACGCGACUGGAACACGUUCGGGCAGUACCUUCGGAACCACAGACCCCCACUUUCACUCUCACGCUGCAGUGGCGCACACGUGCUGGAAUUCCUGAGGUACCUCGACCAGUUCGGAAAAACAAAGGUUCACACCCACCUUUGUCCCUUCUUCGGGCACCCCAACCCUCCUGCACCUUGUCCUUGCCCUCUACGCCAAGCAUGGGGCAGCCUUGAUGCUCUUAUAGGUCGUCUCAGAGCUGCUUUCGAAGAAAAUGGAGGAAAACCUGAAACUAACCCUUUUGGUGCUCGCGCCGUGAGACUUUACCUUCGUGAAGUGCGUGAUUCACAAGCCAAGGCUAGGGGAAUUAGCUACGAGAAAAAGAAACGCAAGCGUCCUCAACAUCCUCCUCCAUUGCCCCCUCCAAAUAAUGCAAGUUAAAAUUGUGAUUUGACAAUGGGCUGGGGCACUGCAAAAUGGGGACACCCUUUGCAAUUGCAUUAGAAAAUAUAUUGUGUAAACCUAAACAGCAGUACUCUUGGUAGAUGCAGCAGUAACUUAAGCAGUGGCAGUAAAAAACAGUGGAGGGCUGUGCGUGCGUGUGUGUGUCACAGACCAAUAUUGCAACAUCGUCCAAUUUGUAUCAAUAAAAUAAAAAUGUGUAUGUACUCUUGAAGAUGUUAUGACGAAAAUAAUGGAUCUCAAGAUCGUCUUAGUUUCCAUAUAUGUAUAUUUUCAUUCCUUGGA